GAAGUUUUAGGUCAAAGUCAAAGCAUCGUUGUUGGGCUUGUGGUAGAAUCCAUCGGGCCUAAUUCAAAACCAAAAUGAUCUGUCAUCUGUGUGUUGCAACGGUAGCGUUCUCAAUUUUCCGAAGAGGGAAAAUGUUGAUUCGACGAUUACCUUGGUCGGCGAUUUCUGUCGCCACAUUAUUUCCCCGUCGUUCCGGUGGUUCAAAUGGACUUCGCAUUCCCGUUCGCAAGCAACUUAACUCUUCUCCCUACCCCUUCUGCUAUAGCUCCGGCAUCAAUCUCCCUCCACAACCGGGUCACGAAACGGAUAUUCGUCACUCGCAAUCUCUGAAACCCGGUCUUUACCUUGUCGGAACACCGAUCGGAAAUCUCGAAGAUAUCACUCUGAGGGCUCUUCGCGUGCUGAAUUCAGCUGAUGUUAUACUCUCGGAGGACACGAGGCAUUCGGGAAAGUUGCUUCAUCACUAUAACAUCAAAACGCCUCUCUUCUUCAGAUGAGUUAUCACAAAUACAACGAAUCGCAAAGGGAACAGGUUGUGCUGAGGAGGUUAAAGCA